CCCAAAAUGGAUGCCAAUAGCAAUCUACCAUUAUCAGUUCUUAUGUCAAACCAAACACAGCUUCAUGAAGUUCGCCGUCGUUCUGCUGGUUUUCAUCCAAGCAUUUGGGGACACUAUUUUCUACCUUAUUCUACUCAAACCAAGGAAAGCGAGAUGUUGUAUAUGCAGGAAGCAGAUACACAAGAAUGGCAAGAGCAUCAACAACUAAAGGAAAAGGUGAAGAACAUGCUUGUUGAAGCCCCACACAUUUCUUCUCAAAAACUAGACUUGAUCAACAAGAUCCAACGCUUGGGAGUGAGCUAUCAAUUUGAAAAGGAGAUUGAAGCAACAUUGCAACUCAUAUUCAGGAGCUACUAUGAAUCGAAUAUCCAACAAGAUGAGAAUGAUCUUUAUAUUGUUUCGUUGCGCUUUCGAUUACUUAGACAACAUGGUUAUUGUGUACCUUGCAGGGUUUUUGAAAAGUUCACUGAAUUUGAUGGAAAGUUCAAAGAAUCAUUAACCGAUAAUGUGCAAGCAAUCAUAAAUUUGUACGAGGCAUCACAUCUUAGAGUGCACGGGGAGAAGAUUUUGGAUGAAGCAUUAACGUUUUCCACUUCAUAUCUACAAUCCAUGCAACCUGCAAACUUGACUGAUCAUCUUAAAUCUCAAGUCAGUGAAGCACUAAAGUGGCCAAUUUGCAAAAGAUUAACGAGGAUUGAAGCAAAAAGAUACAUAUCAAUUUACGAAUCUGAUCAAUCACAUGAUGUUGUACUGUUGAAAUUUGCAAAGUUGGACUUCAACAUGUUGCAGAAGGAACAUCAAUGGGAGAUAGGUUGUCUCACAAGGUGGUGGAAAGAACUGGACUUCGCAAAAAAAUUACCUUUUGCCAGAGAUAGAUUAGUGGAAUGCUACUUGUGGACAUUGGGAGUGUAUUUUGAACAACAAUAUUACCUUCCAAGGAAAUUUCUUACUGAAGUUCUUGCAAUUGCAACGGUUAUUGAUGAUCUUUUUGAUGUGCAUGGAACCCUCGAAGAGCUCUUGCUUUUCAACAAUGCAAUCCAGAGAUGGGAUGUUAGUGCUAUAAAUGAAUUACCAGAAUAUAUGAGGGUUUGCUAUAUUGCCCUUCUUGAUAUUUAUGCUCAAAUGGAGAAAGAAUUAGGCCCAAAAGGUCGAGCAUACCAAGUCAACUAUGCUAUAACUGAGAUGAAAAAAUUAGUGGGAGCAUAUUAUGAUGAGGCUAAGUGGUUUCAUGACGGUAGUCCACCAAAUUUUGAGGAGUACAUGAAAAAUGCAAUUGCAUCGUCUGGUAUUACGAUGGUAGCUACUUCUUCUUUAGUAGGCAUGUCGGAAGAUUUUGUGACUAAAGAGGUCUUUGAUUGGGUGGCUAAAGAGCCAUUAAUGGUUAGAGCUUCAGAAAUCAUUGCCAGAUUAAUGAAUGACAUUGCUGGACACAAGGUUGAGCAACAAAGAGGGGAUGUAGAUUCAACUGUGGAAUGUUAUAUGAAACAAUAUGAGAAGUCAGAAGAAGAGACCGUCAAAGAACUUCAAGAACAAAUCACCAACGCGUGGAAGGAUAUUAAUCAAGAACUUCUCAUACCUACUGUUGUCCCUAUGCAUAUACUCAUCCAAAUUGCUAACGUGGCAAGAGUUAUCGAUUUGCUUUAUAAAAAUGGGGAUAUAUAUACGCAUUCCAAAAUCGAGCUCAAAAUCGUCAUUACUUCUCUAUUGGUUGAUCCGGUUGUGUGAUAGUGUUAUCAAAUGAUGUAAUCAUGUUGCUUUGUUUUUUUCUUUUAUGCCAUAUGUUUU